AAUAAAAGGAACUGUCAUAAUCCGAAAUUUAAACAGAGCAAAAUUAUGAGGUUAUGUAUUUGAAAUUUUAUAAAGUUAUAUGAUGUCUUUUUGGAGACUUCAAAUAAUAUAAAAUACAAUAAUUAUGGCACAUCGGCUGUUAACUAGUUGUAGAAGAUUGGAAAAUCUAGUGUGGAAAACAUUCAAGCAAAGUAAUGUAAACUUUUCACAGCAAAAAUUUUCUUUAAAACGAGCUGUAUUAGACGAAUGGCGAUUAUUUUGCGAGAAGCCCCCUAAAGGAUUUGAAAAGUACUUCAAGCCGGGCGGGGCAAAAGAAAUCAAAGAACCUCCCAAAGAAAGUAAGGAAGUGAAGGGGAAAGAUGGAAAGACUGAACCACAGAAAGAGCUUCCAAAGCCACCACCAAGCAAGGCUCCAGGUCCUGGCAGUAGUUCUAAGCCCUAUGAACAGUGGUCAUUUGGAUUGUUUGGAGGCUCCGGAAGAGGGGGAAGUGGUGGUAAACCCUUUGGGGAUUCUGAAAGGGACAAAUGGUAUGUCCUGGGUGCAGUAGCAGCUGUAGCUUUCCUAGCAACCGUGACCAUGUGGGAGAUGGGUUAUAAAGAAAUCAGUUGGAAAGAGUUUGUACAUAGCUAUUUGCAACGAGGAGUAGUCGAGAGACUGGAAGUAGUGAAUAAAAAAUGGGUACGAGUUAAACUUUUACCUGGAAAUACUGUUGAGGGAGCGAAUAUAAUAUGGUUUAACAUAGGCAGUGUAGAUUCAUUCGAAAGAAAUCUAGAAAAUGCACAAGUAGAUUUGAACAUGGAACCUGCAAACUUCAUACCAGUUAUAUAUAAAACAGAAAUAGAAGCAGCAAGCCUUUCUGGUAUGCUUCCUACUAUACUUGUAAUUGCUUUCCUAAUUUACAUGAUGCGAAGAUCCGCUGAAAUGAUGGGCGGCAAACGAGGCAAGAGAGGAGGAGGCUUGUUUGGGGGUGUGAUGGAAAGCACUGCCAAGUUGAUUAAUUCCAGUGAUAUUGGUGUUAAAUUUAAGGAUGUAGCAGGAUGUGAAGAAGCAAAAAUAGAAAUUAUGGAAUUUGUUAAUUUCUUAAAAAAUCCACAACAAUAUAUUGAUCUUGGUGCUAAAAUUCCAAAAGGGGCAAUGUUAACAGGUCCUCCUGGAACUGGUAAAACACUUCUAGCAAAAGCAACAGCUGGUGAAGCCAAUGUGCCGUUUAUCACUGUCUCCGGAUCUGAAUUUUUAGAAAUGUUUGUCGGUGUUGGUCCCUCUAGAGUAAGAGAUCUCUUCUCAAUGGCCAGAAAACAUGCCCCUUGCAUCCUAUUUAUAGAUGAAAUAGAUGCCGUUGGCAGAAAACGUGGCGGAAGAAGUUUCGGAGGCCAUUCGGAACAGGAAAACACCUUGAACCAGCUUCUAGUAGAAAUGGAUGGAUUCAACACUACUACGAAUGUUGUAGUACUUGCAGCCACCAACAGAGUAGACAUUUUAGAUAAAGCCUUACUUAGACCUGGUAGAUUCGAUAGGCAAAUAUUUGUACCAGCUCCAGAUAUCAAAGGCAGAGCUAGUAUUUUUAAAGUACAUUUAGGUCCAUUGAAGACUACUUUAGAUAAGAGCGAGUUAGCAAGAAAAAUGGCCGCCUUAACACCUGGUUUUACUGGAGCCGAUAUAGCGAAUGUAUGUAAUGAGGCAGCUUUAAUAGCUGCCAGGGAUUUAAAUGAUUCGAUAAAUAUGAAGCACUUCGAACAAGCAAUUGAGCGUGUUGUGGCUGGAAUGGAGAAGAAAACGAACGUUUUAUCACCAGAAGAGAAGAAGACCGUUGCUUACCACGAGGCCGGACAUGCUGUUGCUGGAUGGUUCUUACAGCAUGCUGAUCCCUUAUUAAAGGUUUCGAUCAUUCCCAGAGGAAAGGGACUAGGUUACGCCCAAUAUUUGCCAAAAGACCAGUAUUUAUACAGUAAGGAACAACUUUUCGAUAGAAUGUGUAUGACUUUAGGAGGCCGUGUAUCCGAAGAACUAUUUUUCAAGAGAAUCACUACGGGAGCUCAAGACGAUUUGAAAAAAGUCACGCAGAGUGCCUAUGCGCAGGUAGUACACUACGGUAUGAACGACAAAGUCGGUAAUGUUAGUUUCGAUAUGCCUAGAGAAGGGGAAAUGAUAAUGGAGAAGCCUUAUUCAGAAAGUACAGCACAACUUAUCGAUAUAGAGGUUAGGAAAUUAAUCGAUACUGCCCAUAAAAAGACCACCGCCCUGUUAUCAGAACGCAAGAAACAAGUAGAAAAAGUAGCCGAACGUCUAUUGCAAAAAGAGAUCAUCAGCAGAGACGAUAUGAUCGAAUUACUUGGCAAAAGACCCUUCCCCGAAAAAUCAACCUAUGAAGAAUUCGUCGAAGGUACUGGUUCCUUAGAAGAAGACACCACUCUACCAGAAGGUCUAAAAGAAUGGAAUAAAGAGCGAGUCAAAGAUCCACCAGUAGCAGAAACACCACCCUAAACUUAGAUUUUUUGCUAGUCUCAAGUAACAACUAAGUGUGAGCGAGGUUUAUUCUGUUUAUUCGUAAUACCAUAGACACCAUAAGUAAAUUACCGCUGCAACAAAACAUUUUAUCAUUAUUUUUAUUGUCUAUGUACAUACAAAAUAUUAUAAUAAACUUGUUCAAAUGAA